GGUCGGCUCGCAGAGCUGGAGAGCGCGGCCGGCUCGGCAGGUUGGGACCCGAGCUCGCGGCUUCCGGAAGGCUCCGAGGUCGGAUAAAUACAUCCCGGGGACCGGGGAGCAGGGAACGCUGCUCGCGCCGCCCGCACCGCCCGCACCGCCGUCCGCAGGGCGCCAAGCCGGCCGGCUGAGGCGCGGCGCCCGCUCCUCCUCCUCCCGCGGCCGGCGCGGAGCAGCGGAGAGCGGCGGGCUCGGCCGCCGGCGCCGGGCCGCAGAGCCGAUGAGCGGCGGCGGCUGAGGGCCAGGGCUGGCCUUUGCCCGCCGUCUGCCCGGCGCCCGAUCGGGGCCGCAGCGCCCGGGGCGCGGGGUCCGCGCCGGUGCCAUGGGGGCGGACUGACGCGCCGGGGCGGCCAGCACUCUCCCUCGAGCCGCGGGCCCUGCUCGGAGGCGGCGGCGGGCGCCUGGCGCGGCGCGCUCUGCCCGGGGCGCCCGCGGGAGCCUCCGCUGCGCUCUAUGCGCCUCUGCGGGCGCCGCGGGCCCGGGCCAUGGCGAUAGACCGGCGGCGCGAGGCAGCGGGCGGCAGGCCCGGGAGGCAGCCACCCCUGGGCGAGGAGAACGGCUCUCUGCCGCCCGGGGACGCGGCGGCCUCGGUGCCCCUCGGGGGCGGCGCGGGCCCCAGCAGCGGCGGGGAGAUCCAGUCGCUGCCCUCCCCGCAUCCCGGCGGCGGCCCUCACUCCGCGGCGGCUCCCAGCCUCCUGUUGCUGGACUACGACGGGUCGGUGCUGCCCUUCCUCGGGGGCCUGGGCGGGGGCUACCAGAAGACCCUCGUGCUGCUCACCUGGAUCCCGGCGCUGUUCAUCGGCUUCAGCCAGUUCUCGGACUCCUUCCUUUUGGACCAGCCGAACUUCUGGUGCCGCGAGGCCGGCAAAGGCGCCGAGCUGGCGGGAGUCACCUCCACUGGCCGGUGGGGAGCCUACGACGGGGCCAACUGGAACAGCCCCCCGACCACCUCCUUCUCCACGGCCGCCUGGGGGCCCGCGGGCAACCUCAGCAACAGCAGCGGAGCGGACAGGGGCGACACGCCACCCCUGUGGUCCCCUCCGGACAAGGGGGACAACGCCUCUAACUGCGACUGCCACGCGUGGAACUAUGGCAUCCGCACAGGCCUCGUCCAAAAUGUGGUCAGCAAGUGGGAUCUUGUGUGUGAUAAUGCCUGGAAGGUCCAUAUCGCUAAGUUCUCCUUACUGGUUGGAUUAAUCUUUGGCUACCUAAUAACUGGAUGCAUUGCUGACUGGGUGGGCCGGCGGCCUGUGCUGCUCUGUUCCAUCAUCUUCAUUCUGAUCUUUGGCCUGACCGUGGCCCUGUCCGUGAAUGUGACGAUGUUCAGCACACUCAGGUUCUUCGAAGGAUUCUGCCUGGCUGGAAUAAUCCUCACCUUGUAUGCAUUACAUACCUGGGCCUUGCUAAUGGCAGCAAUAAUCCCAUUCUUCUGGUGGGACCAACUCUUCUGAUGGUUUUUCCACCAAGGAAGUGAGUCACAAUUUCCAAACACCUUUGACAAAUUAUUGUAUAUAUUUUUAAAGAGCUUCAGAAGAAUUUCAGUUGUAUCCAGGUUCAGGCUGGGAAAUCAGAGCGAUUGAAGUUUCACCCAUGUUUGUAUUCACUGGAAACACACUGCUAACCCUGCAGGCAAGCUGUGAAAAGCAAAGGAGUAAAUGCAUCAGCAAAAGUCCCGAAGCCCUUGUCCUCCACCACCCCGUCUUCCUCUGCCACACCUCUGAGGAGUCACAGCGCCUGGUCUAACCGCAGUGUUGAGUGACCACAGCUCCUGGUUGGGAGUUUAAUCCCUAGGCAGAGACAUGUGGCAGCUGGUCAAGGCAGGGCUGGUCACCCUCUGAGACUAGAGGGCUGAGUCAUCCAGCAGGUAACCAAACAGGCCACUGAGGACUAAUGUUUCUGAAAGUUGUACCAGCCCUUCAAAUAAAAAUUAUUGAACCUCUUUCUGUUCCUACUGAAUAUUAGCCAACCUUGGAUUUAUAGCAAGACUUUUCUUUGAGGGGAAAAAAAUGAACUGCCUGUAUGUCUUUAAGGGCUUGUAAGGAUGUAUCACCUUAUCUGCAUGUUAACAGUGGAGAGUCAGGGCAGAGGUAGAGUAAGUGGCUCUGUGGCAUCGUUGGGACCCAUACACCCACUUUUCUUUUGUCCAGAAGUUAGGGCAAGGGAAUGUAUAAGUAAGCUGCUAAGUGCACAUUUCUUUGGGUGUUUUGAAUUCAUUGAAGAUAGUCCUAUCUCAAAAUCAGAAGGAAAAACAGCAAAUAUGUAGAUAUCUGGCAUUUUAAAAUUAGAGUAUUUGGUGGAGGAUGGUAUUAAAGCUGUGUGUGUCCCUAAGGACUAAGUUUCCCCCAAACUGGUGUGUGAGUGCUUCAUUUGAAACGAAGCUGUUCCUCACACUAUAAGGGGACGCGGACAGAUCUGGAAAUCAGGAGAUCCGAGCUGUAGUGUAGAAUCCACAGUGGACCGACUCUGUGUCUGACAAAUUGCUUUGUCUCUAAGCCUCUGCCUCCCACUCUGUAAAGUUGGGGCACGAGUUUUCAAAUUUUGUACUAUGGGGUCCCUUCCCUGAGCCAUUUGUGGGGAGAAAUGGUUAGAAAACAAAAACAAAUGGAUUCUAUAUGACCCUGUUUAAUACUGCUGUAAAAAUAACUAACAACAAAACCAAAUGGACAACCUCUGUCUCCUUGUACCUUCCAGUUUUAGAAUUCUGUGGCUUUUGAAUUCUAAGCUCAACCAGUAAGCCUCCUUCAGUGUUUAAGAUUUCGUAGCUCUUGGAAGGGGGGCACGAAACCAGGGGUGCUUGCUCCCCAGUGAUGUCCUUCUCACCCACACAUUAGAGUUAUCGGACUUCCAUCUUUGCUUUCUGUGAGGCUGCUGCACUGUGUCUACCAGGGUCAUCUGGGAAGAGAUGGAGUGAUAGGGGAGGAUUAAUGGUUAACAGCCUCCCUUUCCCCAUGGUUCUAGACCUCUUGUCAACAACUCCCUUCCCAACCCAUCUGGCUCGCUCAAGUCUCCUUUCUUACCAUACUUUUGCUGGGUAGACUCACAGGUCUCCAGGAAUCCUAUUGCACUCUACAGAAUUUUCUGUUCUCACCUAGAAAAACAGGAUGAGACAUAAAGCUAAAAGCUGUGCUGCUUAGAACAGGGGGUUGAGGAGAAGUAAGAGAGCAAUAUUGGACUGAUUUUAUUUUGUUUUAUUUUUUCACUCUUGAUACAAAAUAAAAGAGAGAGGAAAUAAAUCAGUCACCUGAAACCAAGUAAGGAUACCAGGCUUCUUCAAAACGUAUAUGGGGGGAAGUAAAAUCAUUAUUGGUUUGCCAAGUCUUAUGUUAGAUGUUAGCAAAAAACAUGAUCUGGGCUGAGAGGACAGAGAGAAGUAUAACUCAGAUGAUGCAGAGCCAUACUAUCACUCAUGUGGUUAGCCACUGUGUUACUCUGUGUCAUGCCAGAUAAACUCUACUGCAGAUAGUUUAUUUUGUUUAUUGGUGACUCUUGUGGAAAUACAAGACUUCUUUCUCCCUCACUCAUUUGCUUGGCAAACAUUUGAGGGCUUACUGGGUGCCAGGGGAACGACAAUUGGUUACCUUGAGUACUUACUGGGCAUUGCCAGAUGCCUUGCACACAUAGACACCCACUUUCCUGCCUCCAGGACACUCAGGUUCGUGAGUAAAGAUGCAGGCACAGGCCCUGGUUAGAGAAAGAGUGCUGGAAAGUGACCUCUGAGUCAUGAGUUUUGUAGGAAAGUAGGUGUUUGCUAUUUGCAGUGGGUACUCAGAGGCCAAAGGAGCCCAGUGUGUUUUGGGUGCUGUGGAUGGUUAGAGACUGAGGGAACCUGGUGCAUUCUGGGUACUGUGGUGAUUAGGAGCCAGUGGAAUAGCUGAAAUCACCUAGAGAAGAAAUUGAGUAGAGAUAGGAGAUCCAGUUGAGGGAGAGGGGAGGGAAUAGCCUGACUGGUCAGUGGAAAGUACGAAUAGGCUGAUAACCAGGGAGCUAAGGAGGGUGCCUGAUGAGAGAGUCACAUGAUGCAAGACAAGGAUUGAGAAAUGUCCAUGGGAUGUAGCAACCAUUGCCUAGUAGGUCAGAGGUAACUGGAGCAAACACAGCUUUAAUUCAGUUUAGUGAUUAAUGUAAUCUAAAUUAUUUCACGCAAAGGUUUUUGUUCAUGUAUUCCCCAGAAGAGUACUGUCUUGUUAUUAUAUCAAAUGUUUUAGAAAGAAAAUACAUUUCUUAUUGUGAUAAAAUAAAAUUUACCAUUUCUACAACUUUUUAAGUGUACGGUUCAAUGGUUUAAGUACAUUCACUUUUUUGUGCAAGAAAAUUAUGUUUUAAACAAUGGUCAGUGUUCAUUGUAAUAGGGUAGAAAAAAUUGAAUUGGAAGCCAAAUCAGUAAUGACUUUCUCACCCCAAGUCACCUGAAACUAAGUUAGCAUGGCUCAGUAACUGGAAAUUCACAAAUACAGCUGAGUUAGAGAUGCCUGUUUGUUCUCCACAUGAUGUCAAGGGAACAACAAUUGGGUGCCAGGGGAGCAACACUGAAGGCAGGCCAUGUGAGCCCAUGUGCACGAUCACAGGCAGCCAUUGACCAGAUCCGGGGAAGGAUCCCAGCGCUGGAUGCAAGCCAAGUCCCACCACUUGCGAGCGCACUGUGAUCUUGGAUAAGGUACUUAACGCUAAACCACUUUUCUCACGGAUGAAAGAUUGAGCGCAGGCUCGAGAGUGUGAAUGUCAUCGCCAUCAGUAAACCGUGAAUAUCUAGAGAAAUGGUGGGCAAGUGUGUUUGUGGGCUGCCUCUGUGCAGCCCGGGCUGGGCUACCCCUUCCUCUGGCAGCCGGCCCUCUCAGGAGAGGGCCUCUCCGUGGUCACAGCAAGCUUGGAAAACAUCACUGAAGAGGAACUCUGAAUUGGGGCUGGCUACUAGCUUCUGGUCACAUUGGAGAACCACUGUGGUCGGGGGGGGAGCGGGCAUGAGGCUAAGAGCUUGCUUCAUGAUUGACUCUCUAGAGGCCAGCUUGAUAAAGUACCUCUCCCUUAACAUCCGUUCAGAGCUCCAUGAACUGCACUUUAAAAGUCCGAACCAUGUCAGGGCCAGGAAAAGGUAGUAGACCAAUGGAAAAACUCUCUGGACAAAUCAUACACAGGAACCUUGGCCCUCAUGGACAGCAACACCCGAGUAUUCAUCACACCCAGAAUACUCCGUUAAUCUCUGAGAAAAGAUACUGAAGAAAUAGAACACUGGUAGCCAUUGUCAAGAUUUAUCUUACACAUGUUCACAAAAGCUCUCCCUUUCCCUUCCCUAUAGUACCAAUUCUGCUUUGUAAAACAUGCCUCUACACACUUUCUCUGUAUUUUUAAACAUGAAUUCACAGAGCCUGCUUGGUGUCCCCUCCUGCAGCUGCUGACCUGCUCUGUCCUCUCUGUGGUUGUGUUUUGCUGUGAAUCUUCAUUUGCCUUCCUUCAUGUAAGGAUGAUGGCAGUUUAUUGGGGAUAUGAUCUGUGUGCUCCCAGGAUAGGUACCUGUGUGAGGAGUGUUGCUUUGAAAUAGCACAGGAUUUGUUUUCUGUUGUGUUUCCAAAUGAGUCUCCUAGAGGAAAAGCUGUUCAGGCACCACCUUCCAAUUGCUGGUCCAAGGACAUGUAAGACCUACAAAUAUUGGUUGGCUGGUUUCAAUGACCCUGCUGGAGAAGCCCUCCCUGUGUGAACAAACCCUCCCCAUCCAGAUUGGCCUUUAGUGCCCAUGUGCCCGAGGCUGAGCAGUGAUGCCCUGUUAGGCUCUUUCUGGGUUGUGCGGACCCACCCAUCUCUUCUCUCUGGAGUCAACUCCAUGGCUGGCAGGCAGAUUCUCCCUUUGCCAUGUUUACAGCUCCCACUGACCGAGACCCUGGGUGCCUUUCUGGUGAUAGUCUGUGAAGUCGGACUCACAGACCCUCUGGGUGUCUUUAAAACUGUGACCUCUACCCUGAUAGAAGCCAGCCUAGGAGUCCAAGGAGCCAGGAAAGGGUUAUACUGGGUCAGGAUGCUCUGCUGUCUGCACGGCAUUCCCCUUGACCAAGUAGGACAGCUCAUGGGCCCAGGAGUGGUGCCCCCUCUGAGCCUUCUGCACGGAACACAGAGACCAGAAAAUCAUGGGUCUCUGAUUGAGGGCUCUGCAUUCCCUUCGUUUCCCACUCUGUGGGCCUUCGAUGAUUCUUGUAGGAAAGAGUGCCUGUGUCCAGCCUGAGUUCAUUCUGUCCACUCCUUUGAAAGCUGAAAGGUGCUGCAUCCUUUCACCCGGUGCCUUUGGGAAGCACCUCUGCUUGAUAUUUGUUGGGGGUCAGGUCUGGGCAAGGGCUCAGAACUCCCUCCAGACCACGGGCAGGGGAGGAACUAAGGACCAGUUCCUUCCAGCCUAGCUCCCCAGCCAUAUCAGUCUUACAGAAGAGAGAAAUUUUGCUAGUUCCAGUGUGACUUGGGAUUCAUGACUGUUUCUUCCCUGGCAUCUAUUUAAUUUGUCAAACUGGCAUUGCUGUGUAAGGCCCUGGGCUCAAAAUGCAGAGGUUACAAGGGGCUCUUGAGAUGAAGGAGAACAUGGGGGCAGAUAUAACUUAUCCUUGUUGAUACAUAUUCUUGGCUUCUUUGUGUUUGGGUGGGAGCAUGUGACUGUUCUUACUUACUAUACGGGAGGUGCUUGCUGGGAGGCCCCUGGCCCUUCAUCCCUAGUCAUUUGGUCUCUAUUUAGCUGGCCUUAGUGUAGAGCCUGAAGCAUGAUUUUGUCUGCUUUCCCAUAUAUCACUUCCAUGCAUGCAUAGAUAGAUAGAUAGAUAGAUAGAUAGAUAGAUAGAUAGAUAGGUGGGUAGACUCAAUUCUUUCCUGUUGGAAAGAAUCAGACAGUCUGAUGUGCAGCGUUAGGCAGAGAAUAGCCGAGGUGAGCCUUGCACUGCGACCUCCCUUCCUGUGCCCUCUAGCAUGUGCACGGCAUGAACAUGUAGUAAGGAGUAAAACAGAGAGACUGAAGAGGUCAUGAUGAUAGUUGUUUGAUAACAGUAAUAGCUAGUUAUUGAGCAUUUUCUAAGUUCAGGUACUGGGUGAGGCUACUUACUCACAAACACAUAUUUUAAAACUUUUGUAUUGACUAUAUACAGCAGAUCCUACUAAUAGCCUCAUUUUACAGAUAAGGAAACUGAGACCCCUAAUCUCUGGACCGUAUCUACUUCACUAUCAGGGCCUUUAUGCAAGAGCUAACAUUUAUUAGACUUUUACAGUAUACUUUGAUGCUGUGCCAAGUACAAUAUAGGUAUUUCAUUCAAUCCACCCCAGAAUCCUGUGAUCUGGGUACUAUUAUUGUCCCCAUUUCACAAUGGAAACCUGAGUGUAGGUGAAGUAACUCGCCCAGGUCACAUACCAAGAGCUAGAGGAGACGGAGCUGGACCACAGGUCUCCGUGGCUCUAGGGCUCAUGCUUCUUAACCGCUGAGUUGGUCCAAACAGCCCUCUUCUCCUUUGACUUAAAUAUGUUGUUAUAAUAUUUAAAUAUUUAUUUAAAUGUGUGCAAACAUCCCAUAAGGAGUUUGGAUUAGUUCUUUAAGUCUAAGAUCAAAUGUUAACAAUAUCCAAUUUCAAAAUGAAUACAGUGCAAAUUAAUGGUGGUCAGUGGAUGUGAUGGAUGGUGGUUGUCUCCUGGAAUGGAGUCACCCUUGCUGGUUAAAUAGCAGGAAGGCGUAGCUUCACAUUGAGUUUCAUAUUUUAUCUGUUUUGGCAUUUGGACUUGAAAAAUUCCAGUGCAUACAAUGCCUUGUUUCACAGAUUUUGCUGUCUAAAAUAGCAUUAACAAUUUGAAGGCUUUGCCAGCAUGGAAUACUCAACCUCCAUAUUUUCCCACUGCUCACGAGCACACUUCCAUCACUCACAUUGAUGGGUGCCUCCUGACAGCUCUCCUAACCUCCCCACUUCUCCUAAAGAGAAAGCUUGAUUUGUGGCAUUAUUAAAAGAUUAAUUAAAUAGGUAUUUAAUCCACUAAUGGCUUGAAAUGAGAUGAGGAACCUACAUUAUUGCUUGUUUCCUAGUGCUCUUCUGGUGGUGAGCUGUUCUUACAGAAUCCACAGACACACACUCCUGCACUCAGCCUGGCACAGGCUCAAUCACUGUACAGUGUGGUACCUCAGUUCUCCUGCUUCUUUAUUCAAACCACCAUUAAGUUCAUUUGUGUGGCCUUUCACAGUGACGUUUCCUCUUUGCAAGUACAAAUCUAGAUGUGGCGUGGACUCAGAAAUCUAGGUUAUAGCGGCUGAUCCAGACCACCCAAGUUACACUUACAUUAAUGUAGACUAAGAUUUUCAUUGACCUGAGAAGAUAAAGUUUGAAAAUUCUCGUGGACUGCCAAGAAUGCAUCCACAGAUGCAGCCUUCCCAGCCUGCUUCAGGAACCAGCAUUCCAGGGUCUAGCCCCCUGGUGACCCACUGUCCCUGUCCUCAUUCCUGCGCACUGCACCACUGGGUGGGUGACUGGGCGUAUGCCUGCUCCCUGUUCCCCUGUCCCUUCCAUGAUUCAGCUUCCACUUGGCCUCUGGCCUUGUACUCCAACAUCCUGAGGGCGAGGUACCUUCCUAACAGCCCCUCUUCCCAAGGAGCUCAGCCCGCCUGGUGUGACCUCUGCCCAGGGAGUCACCACACAGAGGCUGUGCAGAGAUGCAGCAGAGAAGGGGCUGGGAAGCUUCCCCAGGGCUCAGGCCACAGAGGGACAUGUGCGCCAGAUGACAUGUUUGGAGUGGAGAGCUAUCGCUGGCUUUUUGAGAGAGAAAGUUUGGAGGAGAUAACUCUGUGUGUUGUACCCUUCUUGUCCUCUGGACUGCCAUGAAGCAGUAAUAGUUUGUGCCAUUAUACAAGCUUGAACCAGUAGUUUCCUCUUUGAUGAAGAAGGCACCCCUGAAAAAAGUUAAGUGGAGAACUAGACUUCCAUAUCUGUAUUUCCCAUAAAUGAAAUGCACCCAGAUCACUCCGCUUCUUGGCAGUUUUAUCACUGAAAAGAUGGUCUUCUUCGCAGCCAUCGUUCAGUUUCCUCAUUUCACGUGGGCUUCUUGCGCCUGAUGCAACACCGCAGACCCAGCACGUAGAAGGGUUGUUGUCAGAAGUUUCAUGUGAGCUUGGAGCUGUCUGGAGAAUCGGGUUACUCUAGGAGACAUGAGUCUUGUUCUUCCAAAGGAUUUAAUUGAAUUACAGAAUGUGCCACCCUGGGAGGCCCACGCUGGAGUCCUGGGACCUCACAGUGCCCAAACCCUGUUUUCCCUUUGUAAUCAUUACCCCAAAACACAGUGGUGUUCUCUGACCUGUGGCUGGAUCGGAUUUUCCAUUUCCUUUGUGGGGUCACCGUAGGUUCUUAUUUCAUGUUCUCUUCGGGGAAUAAUUGCUCUUUUGCUGUUUUUCCAAGCUCUCCUUUUUGGCAUGUUUGCUGUGUACCUUGUGACAGUGGAAGCGAAUGUUUGCACAGUUGGCUUUUCGUUCCAUCACUGCUGCUCUGGCGUCUGCGGGGAGGAGGGGGGAGAGUGUGCAGACCGAGGGCUCUGCUGCCUUCAGCAGGCUAGAAGAUAUCCCUUUGGUUCCCAUCACCCACCCCCUCUAGUUUUUUAAAUAUUUUUUAUUGAUUUCAGAGAGGAAGGGAGAGGGAGAGAGGAUAUAGAAACAUCAAUGAUGAGAAAGAAUCAUUGAUGGGAUGCCUCCUGCAUGCCUCCUCCUGGGGAUCGAGCCCGAAAUCCAGGGAUGUGCCCUGACCGGGAAUCAAACCUCGACCUCCUGGUUCAUAGGUCAACACUCAACCACCGAGCCACGCCGGGCAGGCUCCUAUCCCCUUUUAAAAAGGGAUGGUAAGGCAACUUGGAAUGAAAGAAUAAUGGAAAACCUUGGGAUAAUUACCUUCCAAAAGGUUAUGCAGACCUCUGAUCUCUUCAGUUGAAAAUGAUUAGGAACAGUUUAUAAACACGAACCCGAAGAAUUUGGGCAAAGGAGCAGGAACAAUGGUUGUUACAUGUCUAAGUUAUAAAUGAAACCAAAUGGGGAAAUGCAUGGUUUUGUUAUUUCCCCAAAUCUCUCUCACACAUACCUUACAAGACAAGGGAAAUCAAUGGUGGUAAACUGUUGUAAAGAGGUUUAGAGCAGAGUUCUGCAUGAGAACUCGCUGCAGUGAUGGGAAUGGUGUCUGCACCGUGCAGCCCUCUAGAUGCUGGGCACAUGUGGCUACUGAGCAUUUGAGACGGAGGGACUGAAUCUAACUUUAGUUCAUUUUAAUUAAUUAAGUUUGAGUAACCACAAGUAGCCCGUGGCCACACUCGGUCAGCUGUGCUGGAAAUAAAUCAUCUCUGUGUGAUCUGUGGCACCGCCUCUGACCUUCCCACCAAGUUCCAGAUUCAGAUAUCCAGCUCCCUUGUUGAGAUUGCACUUGGAUGUCCAAUACGUCUUUCAAAUGCAGUGUGGCCAAACAGAACCCUAAUUCCAGUCUUUCCAAUCUCAAUAAAUAGACCCACCACCCAUGUAAUUGCUCAAGCCAGAAACAUUUGUGUCACCCUUUAUUCUUCACACUCCCCCUUGAUCAGCAAGUCCUCUCAGCUCUUUCUCCAAAUUAUAUCCUGAAUUCCUCACUUUCUCUCCACCUCCACUGUGGCAAAGCCACCUUGUUUCUUGCCUGGAAAACCAUAGCACUUGCUGGUGGAUCUUGCUGCUUCCCACUCAGACCUCUACAGCUAAUUCUUCACUUACAACCAGGCUGAUAUUUACAUAACCACCAAUGUCAAACCCUCUGAUAGACAAUAGUAGCUUCCCUAUGACUCUGCUCACAUGACAUCUGCAGAGCUUUCUCACACCACCCAUAUACUCAUCACCCAAAUAAUUCCUCUAGAGUCAUCCACUUUUUUCAAGCAUCUACCACUCCCUAAAAAUAUAUUUAUUUAUUUGCAUCUCCAUUCAUACCUCCUAGUUGUUCUAGAGUGAACUCCACCAAAGCAGGAACCUAUUAUUCUUGUUUUCCACUAUAUCUUCAGUAUAUAGAUUUGCACCUGGACAGAAUGAGUGUCUAUAUAUGAGUUGGCUGAAUGAAUGAAUGAAUUUAUGGAACAUGAUGAAAAUCUAUGUAUGCAGCACUAUAACAGAAUAGAUAUAAUUGUAAAAUAUUACAGCUGGAUGAACUAGAGUUCUCUUAGUUCAAUUUCCACAUAUUAAACAUGAGGAAAAAGGACAAUUGAUAUUGUCACAUAUAUGAAUAGUAGAGAUAAUUUGCUAAAAUUUCUCAUGAAAGCCUCCUGAACUAGACAGAUUUGGACUAGAUGCCAAAAAAAUUGGUUGUAUUCUAAACUGAUCCCUCAGUCGUAUCCUGCAACUAUUGAUUGAUAAAUUCAUAGCAGCUAGAAUAAGUUCUCUGUGACUUGGUGAGGACAUAUGUGUACAAAUGUUUUAACAAGCACAAAAUAGGGAUGGUCCAUAAUGAAUGAUAACAUGGGGUCACCAUCUUCCUUUUCCUACCUUACCACUAUUAGUCGACUCUCCCUGAGUCUUGGCUUUUGUCUUCGCCAUAAUCCCAUGAGAGGGGCUGCAGCUGCUCCUCCAUCCUCCGUACGGAGCAUAGUGCCUGCCUCCAGUAGAUACUCAGUAGGAACUUCUGAGGAAUGAGUAAUCAUCACUACAAGAUGGGAAAACUCUUGCCAGGGGGUACUAGGUAAGUUUAAGAAACUUUCCAUCAUUGUGAAGAGUCAGGGUAUCAUUUCUCUACAUUCCAUUGAUGCAGUUCAUUUGCUGAGUGGAACCGGUGUCAGCAGUGAACACGCUGGGUAAUUUGUGUUGGUGUGCAGGGCUUUCGGGCAGCACUCCCACUUCAGGUUAGAAUCCUUGGCACAAAUUCUGUAAAGCCGACAAGACCUGAAACUAAUGUUUAGAAAAUUUAAAGAGACAAGUUCUAAAUACUCUACAUCCUUCACUUGGGGUUCAGUUGUGCAUAACGGACAGGAAUUCCAAAGAUCCAGCAUGGGGUAGAUGCCAGCUCCCAGUUUUCAUCUAGCCCUUGGCAGAGGAGACGGACUGAGGUGGCCACAGGUGACACAUCUCGGCCAGGUUACUCCUUACAGUGGUUUUCAACCUUCUGGCCCUUUAAAUACAGUUCCUCAUGUUGUGACCCAACCAUAAAAUUAUUUUCAUUGCUACUUCAUAACUGUAAUGUUGCUACUGUUAUGAAUCGUAAUGUAAAUAUCUGAUAUGCGGGAUGGUCUUAGGCGACCCCUGUGAAAGGGUCGUUCAACCGCCAAAGAGGUCGUGACCCACAGGUUGAGAAUCGCUGCCUUAGAAGAUAAUUAAGCCUCGGGCAAGCACCAAGGGCACCCAGACCUCUGGGCCCCUGGGAGCAUGGGGUUUACUUCAGGCUCUGAGGACUUCUUUUGGGAGAGCCUGUGGACUAAGGUGAUUGCAGACGUGAAUGGAAUGCUUGGCCUGGCACUGCCUCACACUAGAA